AAAUUCAACUUGAUUCAACUAAAACUGCUGUACUAUUAAUGCCCAAUGUGGCAUCAUGUACAGAGAAGAAUAGAAAUUUCCUGUCAAAUAACUGUAGACAGUACACAGACAGUAGACACCAAAAACAACAAAAAUAAAAGUAAAUAGUUUGUAAUUGAUGAAUUAAAGUAGGAUGUCGGGCAAAGUUCCGGGUAACAAUGAUAAGAAUAACGACUCAGACUCGGAAGAAAAUAGUCGAGGACCUCCCCGGAGUCUUGCGUUAGAUUUAGGGGACGAUUGUGUGUAUAAUGUUGACGCCAAUAGGUUAGAAACCCAACCAAAUGCAUCAGGGGCUACAGGAACACAGGAACGUUCGAAUCCGCGAAGGGACGAAAACCCCUUUUCCUUUAGGCACUUUUUGAGGGAUUGCUCGAAUGGAAACAAAAACUACCAAUCGCAAGGCGCUCGCCCCAAAGUUUAUAGGGAUGGCCGAUCUAGGCAUGUAACACCCCCUGAAAGCCCACAAAGAUCCACUCAAAGGCCCAGGAAAAUCGGAGAAUUCAACUCAGCUUUGCCUGACUUUGUACAGGAUCAUCUAGUCAUUGAACAUUGUUUUUUGGAAAGGAAUAAUAAAUCUGCACCUACUUUUGACUUGAACUUGCCAGAUUUUGCCCAUGGAGACCAACGCAUUCCUAGUGGCCCAAGUGUUUCCAGAUCAAACUCCAUAGAAGAUCCCUCAAUUGCACCAAUUCCAUUAGAUUUACCGGGGCUAUCAAUGGGCAAUGCUUUCCCUUUGGAUCUACCUAGGGCCCCUAAACCAAAGGCCGCAGAAUGCAGGGCCGUUCCUUUGGAAGAGGUGGGAAACUGUAAAAGUCUUCCAGACUUUCUAACAGACGGCCCAGUGCGAACUAAUGCCGGCGCAGUCACUCCCUCACCAACAGAUAGUGCAAGUGAUAAUUUACGAGAGCCAUCCAGAUGUGCCCGCUGCGUUGAAUUAACAUUCGAAUUAACACGGUCGAGACAAAAACUUACUCGCUCUGAGGAUGAAGUGGAAAGGAACUAUAGGCGAGCGGUAGUUGCAGAAAAUACUAUGAUGAGGCUGAAGCAGGAAUUAAAGUCUGUGAAGGCGCAAAUUCGUCAACUUCAAGCUGAAAAUGAGGCUUUAAGAGCAGGAAAUGCUGGAGCGACUGGGGGUGAGGCAGAGCCCCGUCUAGAGUUUCAGACUCAACGUCUGGCUGAUGAAUUAAAAGCAGCUGCUAGUUCAGCGGAACAAUCUUUAAGAUCUUUGUUGACCGGUGUGGACAAUUUACGGUUUAUGGCAUCGACUUUGGAAAAUUUUCAUCGAAUAGAAGAAGGACCGGCGGAGAGGUUUUCUAGGUUUGACGAUGACGGUGCUGGUCCAGCACUAUAGCCAGUUUACAAUUUUACUGUUUGAUUAUAGUAGUGCCGUAUUUAUUAGUUCCUUUGAAACUUACGUAAGAGAAUGGUAACCAGUACGGAAUUCUUCACCGGGUUUUGAAGAGUUAAUACUAACGUGAUUGCAAUAUGUUAUGCAGUAUUAAUAACGAGAGCAGAAGUUGCUUAAUAUUUCUGUGUUUAUAGUUUAUCAACUUGGGCCAUUUGUUUUUCUGCUGUUCUGAAAUAUUUUAAAGGUUUGAGGUCUCAAUCUGUAUAUAGUUAAGUUAUAAGAAAGUCAAAUAAUUUAUUAUUUGAUUUGUAAGUUAUUAUAAUGCAAAAUAAUAGUGGUUUCUAAUCACAUGUUCGAAAUUUUUUAUAUGUUAAAUAACCAAAUUCCGUUAAGCCAAGAAACAAUUAUUAUUAGUGUUAAUAUAUGUGGCUACUUAGAUUUGUAAGUUCUGAAUAUCCUGUACACCCAAAGCUGUCAGCUUGAAAUGAAUAAAGUAUUUUACUUG